AUGAAUAUUUCAGGCAGGAUCAGAAAUGAGCACAGGAUCCUGGGCAAUGCUGAGCCUUUCCUUGGGGACCGCUACGUUGCCAUCUGCAAACCCCUGCACUACGGGACCCUCCUGGGCAGCAGAGCUUGUGCCCACAUGGCAGCAGCUGCCUGGGCCUCUGGGUUUCUCAAUUCUCUGCUGCACACAGCCAAUACAUUUUCCCUGCCCCUGUGCCAGGGCAAUGCCCUGGGCCAGUUCUUCUGUGAAAUCCCUGCCAUCCUCAAGCUCUCCUGCUCACACUCAGGCUACCUCAGGGAAACUGGGCUCAUUGUGGUUAGUGCCUGUUUAAUAUUUGGUUGUUUUGUUUUCAUUGUGUUCUCCUAUGUGCAGAUCUUCAGGGCUGUGCUGAGGAUCCCCUCUCAGCAGGGACGGCACAAAGCCUUUUCCACCUGCCUCCCUCACCUGGCCGUGGUCUCUGUUGUUACCAGCACUGCAACAUUUGCCUACCUGAAGCCUCCCUCCAUCUCCUCCCCAUCCCUGGAUCUGAUUGUGUCAGUUCUGUACUCGGUCGUGCCUCCAACACUAAACCCCUUCAUAUACAGCCUCAGGAACCAGGAGCUCAAGGAUGCCCUCAGAAAAAUGAUGACUGGAUGCUUUUCAGGAGCAAUGAAGUGCCUGUUUUCUGGUGUGUAG